GCGGCAGCACCAACACCACCGACAGCAGCAGCAGCAGCAGCAGCAGGCACAGCAGCAGGCACAGCAGCAGAAGCGGAAGAAGGAGCCACACGUAACCCUUCCAAUGUUCUGGUAGCAUUAACAGCAGCGAUAGCAGCUGCAACAGAAGCUCAUCUAGGACGAGCAGAAUCUGCAGAAGCAGCAGUAGCAGUAGCAACGGAGCAGCGGAUGAGUUUGAAUGCGUUUGCGACUGAGAUGCGUACUCUGUCCAUGUCCUUGGCCUCAGGGAUGAGUGGUGAGGCAGCCGUAGCAGCGGCCGCAGCAGCAGCAGCAGCAGCAGCAGGGGCAGCAGCAGGGGCAGCA